AUGUCAGUUGGCCAUCCAGACGCUCCGUCGAUCCCACACACAGAGUCAAAGGAGCAUGUAGACUACGAAGAACUCGAUUUCGAGACAGAAUUCGGAGGUCUGGAGGCACGAAACAAGCUGGAGCGCAGACUCUUAUGGAAACUUGACUUGCGCAUGUCAAUCCUGGUUGUGAUAUACAUCCUCAAUUUUAUCGAUAGAACUAAUGUUAGUACGGUGCGCUCAGGGCUCACCACCGACCUUCAUCUCGAAGGUCAACAAUAUGCAACGCUCCUGUCUAUUCUCCUUGUCGGAUAUAUCAUCGUGCAGGUCCCCUCCAACAUGUUUCUCAAUUAUAUUGGCAAGCCAUCGCUAUAUCUGCCUGCUUGUAUGGUAAUCUGGGGAGUCAUAUCGGCUCUGACUGGGAUUACUACAAACUUUACCGGAGUGCUUCUAACACGAUUCUUUCUUGGCUUCGUAGAAUCGGCAUUUUUCCCCGGUGCUGUAUUCUUGAUUUCGAAGUGGUACAAGAGAAACGAGAUAGGUCUCAGAUUGACUAUCCUCUAUUGCGGAAACGUCAUUAGCAAUGCCUUCGGAGCUCUCAUUGCAUCAGGCAUUCUUGCUGGCAUGAACGGCGUCCGAGGAAAAGCCGCAUGGAGGUGGCUUUUCUUCAUCGAAGGAUCUCUGACCGUCUCCGUUGCCAUAGUUGCUGUCUUUAUUUUGCCGGACUUUCCGACAACGACAAAGUGGCUUUCUGCUGACGAGCGUCGGCUUGCAUUGAAGCGUAUGGAGGAGGAUGCUGGCGUCGGGGACCAGUCAGAAACUGAGGCCGGUGGCCGUGGUCACGGCUUUUACCUAGCCAUCACCGACUGGAAGGUGUGGUGGUUCGCAGUGCUAUCGAAUGCUCAGGUGAUAGCAUUGACUUUCACCGCCUACUUCCCCACUCUUAGUGCGACACUUGGGUACAAUCCAACGGUGUCGCUGCUCCUUGUUGCGCCUCCCUUCCUGUUUGCGGCCAUUGUCGCAUUCACACUGUCCAGGCACUCUGAUCGAGUGCAGGAACGGUUCUAUCACAUGAGCGUAUCAAACACCGUUGGUAUAGUUGGGUUCAUUAUUGCGAUGUCCACCAUGAACACUGCUGCCCGAUACGUGUCUCUUUUCCUCAUGGCGCAAUCCUAUGCAGCGAUUAUGUUGCUACUCGCGUGGAUUAGUAACUCAUUUGCUCGACCGCCGUCAAAGCGUGCGGUAUGUUUUGCGCUCAUCAAUGCACUUCAGCAACUCGGAGGCAUUGCAGGGUCGUAUGCCUGGCCAUUGAAUUGGGGCCCUACCUACCGAUACUCGUAUGGCAUUUGCCUUGCUGCGAGCUGUACCACAAUUAUUAUGAGUUGGGUUUUCAGACAGCAUCUGAAGACAUUGAACAAGAAGCUGGAGCAAGAAGAGCAGGAGAAAGGGAUCACAGAAAAGGGAUUCCGCUACGUUCUGUGA